AGACCCGGAUCCCGUACAAAAACUGAAAAGGAAUCCACCGAUCCCCUUCCUUUCUUCUUCGUUCAAUUUCACUCUCUCUCAGCAAAAUCGCCAUGGCUGUGGCUUUGAAGCUCCUGAAGCAACUCCGAGCACCGCACACCACCUCCACAAUCCUCCACCGCAAUCUCAGCCCACGGCUUUCGAGCAUUCACAGCGCAACCAGACUCUUCUCAGACGCUCCUCCUCAAACCGAGCCUCUUCCGGCUCCACCGCCGCUAAACCCACGUUCUCCUUCCCCGUCGUCUCUGAACCAGUACGAGCUCGCCAAGUUCGCCGCCGUUGCCGAAACCUGGUGGGAUUCUGAAGGGCCGUUCAAACCAUUGCAUAUGCUGAAUCCUACAAGACUUGCUUUCAUUCGCUCCACGCUUUGCCGACAUUUCGGGAGGGAUCCGUUGUCCCCUAAGCCAUUUGAAGGUCUCAAAUUUAUUGAUGUUGGCUGCGGUGGUGGAAUUCUUUCUGAGCCUUUAGCUCGAAUGGGAGCUACUGUGACGGGAGUUGAUGCAGUGGAGAAAAAUAUCAACAUAGCUCGUGUUCACGCUGAUUUAGAUCCAGUGACUUCGAGAAUUGACUAUCAAUGCACAACAGCUGAAAAGCUAGUUGAGGAACAGAAGAAUUUUGAUGCUGUGUUUGCUUUGGAGGUAAUUGAGCAUGUUGCAGACCCUACUGAGUUCUGCAAAUCUCUAUCAGCCUUAACUAUCCCCGGUGGAGCUACUGUUGUUUCAACUAUUAACCGUUCUAUGAGAGCAUAUGCUACUGCCAUUGUUGCAGCAGAGUACAUCCUCCGCUGGCUUCCUAAAGGUACACAUCAAUGGUCCAGUUUUCUCACUCCCGAAGAACUAGCCCUGAUCCUGGAGCUUGCUUCUAUUUCAGUCCAAGAGAUGGCUGGGAUCGAGUACAAUCCUUUGACAGGAAGAUGGUCUCUAUCUGAUGAUGUCAGUGUAAAUUUUAUUGCUUAUGGUACCAAAACAGCGACAUCCAGUUUAUAAAGGUAAGGAAAUAUUUUCCAUGUUAUACCUCUCGGUUUGAAUGAAAAUUUUGUUUAGUAA